UCCUUGUUAUGAACCAUGUGAUUGUACUGUCGUUUAAACGUCUAACACAAAACAGUAACACAACUGAGACAUUUGUUCUCAGUAGUUACAGCAUAAGAGGUCUUUUAAGUUUAUUGUAUUGUUGUGCGGUCGGACCACUACCCAAGGCUUGGCGCAUGGUCCUUUAGACCCAGAAGAUAACUUUAGUGCAGCCAUGCCAGGCCAGGGCGUGGCCAGGAAGAGGUGUGUGGGCUGCAGCGCCCCGCUGGGCAUCGCCAGCCGCUCCUGCCCCAGCUGCCUGUCCGAGCAGCCCUACAAACUGUGGCUCAAGAAAAAGAUGGAGAAGUUUGACUCCAACCGAGAGAGCUGGAUCAAAGCCCAGAAGAGGUACCACAUGUCCUCCCACGUCAGAGGAGAGGCCGUGCUGCUGCUGGAGAAGCUCCACGCGCUGGGCAUGAGGGCGGUGCUGUGUCUGGCGAGGCCAGGCAGGAGGCCAGGCUCCUGGGCGUCGGAGCUGCUGGCCCCCCGCUGCCACUUCAACCACGCGGCCGCCGCCGCGCUCAAACGCAUCCAGGCCCUGUACGAGACCGUCGUCCCAGGCUGGAGUGAGACGGCCCUGAAGGCUGGAGCUCCAGCGGCAGAGACCCACGUCUCACUUGCUUCCCCAACACCCAUGACCCAACCCCCCGCCGACCAGUGCUCCACGAUGGAGCAGGGCCCCACGAUGGAGCAGGGCCCCACGAUGGAGCAGGGCCCCACGAUGGAGCAGGGCCCCACGAUGGAGCAGGGCCCCACGAUGGAGCAGGGCUCCAAGAUGGAGCAGGGCCCCACGAUGGAGCAGGGCCCCGCGAUGGAGGAGGUGGAAGGCCCUGCGAUGGACCAGGUGGAUGGCCCCAUGGUGGUGGAGGGCCUUGUGGAGGAGGUGGAAGGCCUCCCGAUAGAGGAAAUAGAAGGGCCCACUGUGGAGGUGGUGGAGGGCGUAGUGGAGGAGGUGGAAGGCCCCACGAUGGAGGUGGUGGAGGACGUAGUGGAGGAGGUGGAAGGCCCCACGAUGGAGGUGGUGGAGGGCCUGGUGGAGGAGGUGGAAGGCCCCGCGAUGGAGGUGGUGGAGGACGUAGUGGAGGAGGUGGAAGGCCGCACGAUGGAGGAGAUAGAGGGCCCAUCAAUGCCAGAGGUUAAAGGCCUUGUGGAGGAGGUGGAAGGCCCUGCACUGGAGGAGGAGGAGAGGCCUGCUGUGGAGGUCCCCACGGCGCAGGAUGCAUCCCAACGUAUUGAAGAUUACAGCACCAGCGGACAUGUGACCCAAAAAAGACAACCGCGGAGCAGAAGGAAAGCCCUCAAAACCAGAGAGGUGGACAAUGAACAGCCAGAGGGUUCCUCAUCGUCUCUGCAGUGUGAGGAGGUUUCAGUCUCUGUAGAGACCAGUCCUGCUCCUCCAGAGAUGGAGGAGGAGGAGGAGGAGGAGGAGGAGGAGGAGGAGGAGGAGGAGGAGGAGGAGGAGGAGGAGGAGAAGAAGAAGGAGCAGGAGGAGCAGGAGGAGGAGGAGGCGGCCCCUGCAUCAGGAGCAACUCUCGAGUGGGAAAGCUCUGAGCAGUACCCCGGGCCAGAGGACCCCGGAGCGGCGAUCGGGGGUUACGGCUGCGAGCAGUGCGGGAAGACCCUCUCCACGGCCCGGAGCCUCAAGGCCCACGCGCGCGUCCACUCGGGGGAGCGGCCCCACGUGUGCCCGCUGUGCGGCAAGUCGUUCCACCAGCCGGGCGCCCUCCGCCACCACCAGCGCGGCCACAGCGGCGACCGGCGCCACCUGUGCGCCCACUGCGGCAAGACCUUCGCCCGCGCCGACGUGUUCAACGCCCACCUGCAGACCCACUCGGGCAAGAAGCCCCACCGGUGCCCCGACUGCGGCAAGAGCUUCCUGCGGCCCGCCAACCUGCGGCGGCACCGGGCGGUGCACACGGGCGAGCGGGCCUUCCUGUGCACGCAGUGCGGCAAGGGCUUCAAGCAGGACAGCCACCUGCGCUCGCACCAGCGCUCGCACACGGACGAGCGGCCGCACGGCUGCCCGCAGUGCGGCAAGCGCUUCCGGCUGGCGGCCACGCUGCGGCAGCACGCGCUCAUCCACACGGGGGACAAGCCCCACCGCUGCCCGUACUGCGAGCGGCGCUUCCGCAGCGCGGGGCAGCUGCGGACGCACCAGGAGCGCGGCCACCCGCCCGACAGCCCGUACGGCUGCGGCCGCUGCGGCCUGGCGCUGGCCGACGCGCUGGCGCUGCAGAGCCACGAGGCGCUGCACGUCGAGGAGAAGCCCUACCAGUGCGUGCACUGCGAGAAGGCCUUCGGCCAGGCCAAGGCGCUGCGGCAGCACCAGCUGCUGCACUCGGGGGACAAGCGGUACCGCUGCGCGGCGUGCGACAAGGCCUUCACGCGGCUCGUCACGCUGCACACGCACCAGCGCAUCCACACGGGCGAGCGGCCCCACGCCUGCGCCUCGUGCGGCCAGACCUUCAUGUGGCUGGCGCAGCUGCAGAGCCACCAGAGGCUCCACGCCGGCGAGCGGCCGCACCGGUGCACCCACUGCGACGAGGCCUUCGCGCGGCCCUCGGAGCUGCGGCUGCACACGCUGCGGCACCCGGCGGAGACGCGGCACCCCUGCGCGCACUGCGGCAAGAGCUUCGGCCACCUGGGGGCGCUGAGGACGCACGAGCACACGCACGCCAUCGACAGGCCGUUUGCGUGCGACCAGUGCGGCAAGAGCUUCCUGUGGCGGUACCAGCUGCAGUCGCACCAGCGCGUGCACUCGGAGGUCCGGGUGAGGCACUGCCAGGAGUGCGGGGAGAGCGUCACCGAGUCGCGGCGCUCCAAGAAGCACGUCUGUGUCCACGCCGCUCGGUGACGAGGCACGCCGGUCGUCAAACACGGAAGACACCGGUUGAAAUGUGUGUGUGUGUGUGUGUGUGUGUGUGUGUGUGUGUGUGUGUGUGUGUGUGUGUGUGUGUGUGUGUGUGUGUGUGUGUGUGUGUGUGUGUGUGUGUGUGUGUGUUCUACAUGUCUGAAUAAAUCUCUUCUCUACGAUUGA